CCGCAGAAACCAAGACCACUAUGCACGCGACCGGCGUCAAGAAGGCUGCGCUCGAAGCGCUUAGCACCCGCGCCCUCGACGGCCGUGGCCUCCGCAUCGGCAUCUGCUACACCAAGUGGAACGAAGAAGUCAUCUCGGCCCUCCGCGAUGGCGCCGUCGCCACGCUCAAGGAGGCUGGCGUUGCUGACAAGGACAUUGUGCUCUUCUCCGUGCCGGGCGCGUACGAACUGCCGUACGCUGCGAGCCGCAUGAUCUCGUCCAAGGCUGUCGACGCGGUCAUCUGCAUUGGCUGCUUGAUCAAGGGCGAAACGAUGCACUUUGAGUACAUUUGCGAAGCCGUCACGCAGGGCAUCAAGGACCUCAACCUCACCACGGGCGUGCCCGUCCUCUUGGGGGUCUUGGCCUGCCUCAACGAAACCCAAGCCCGCGCGCGUGCCGGCCUCGAAGAAGGCGGCCACAACCACGGCGUUGAGUGGGCCCAGACGGCGAUUGAGAUGGGCAUUCUGCGUCGCGAGACCGAGCCGACCCACGGCUGCUGCCCGCUCGGCUUCUCCAAGGAAGGCAAGUGCCCCAUGCGCAGCCACUGGUUCUGCCACGCGACCAUGAUGACGCUGAUUGCGGGCUCGAUCGCGCUCGGUAUGCACAUGGUCAACAAGCGCGCGUAAUAGGUUCCAGCGGGUCGUUUCCUGUUGAUAAAUAGAGCCUCUUACAUAUCGUCCA